AUGACCUCAGCAUUUCUCGAGAAACACGACUCGAUCGACAGUCAACGAUCAAGAAAGCGACAGCACUCGGAUGAUGUCGAUUUGUCAGAUGAUGACAUCAUCUCAACUCCAUCCGUUGAAGAGGAUCGUCGCGCCCACCACAAUGAAUUAGAGAGAAGACGGAGAGAUCAUAUCAAAGAUCAUUUCAUGACAUUGAAAGGAGCCAUUCCGUUGCUUGAUGGAGAAAAGUCCUCCCGUGCUCUGAUUCUUAAACGCGCCGUCGAGUACAUCUCCAUACUUCAAUCGAAACUCAACGAGAAUCAAAUGCACGUCGAGCAGUUGAAGCGACGAAAUGAACAACUUGAAGCUAAAUUGUGUCAACGCGAGCAAUUGGUGGUCGAUCCGAUGAUCUCGUUGCAGAGCUCGCAAAUCUCGCAAAUCGCCACCACGUCAGCAUCGAGGCCGAUCCUCUCACUCUUGCCUCUAAGCACAGCUAUGCCGACAAUUCCGGUGCCUACUAGCCCUCCUUCCAUCCCAGCACUCCCUGGUCUCUCCUUCAACAAUCUUUCCCCAUCGGAUCUCCUCCAAUUGACCCAAGCCAUCCUUGCCACUUCAUCCACCUCGACCCUUCCCCAAUCCUCUCCACCAUUCCCAUCACCGAUCUCCGCCCCAUUCUCAUCUACUCCACUUUUCUCGCCGAAUCUCCAAAUCCUUUCGCUAAACGAGCCAAAUUUCUCAACAAAUCGAGCCAUGACUGUACCGUAU